AAAACAUAGCCUACAAAAUAAUUUUUUACAAAUUUUUUAUUUAUUACAAAUUAAUUUUAUAGAAAAGUUAAUAACUAUGGAUUGUAUAAAUAAUAAAGUAACUGAGCCUUUAAAUUGUAAAUCAUAUAUAAAUGAACUUACAAAAGAAGAAAUAAUAUCAAUGGUUAUAAGAUGUACUAAUUUUGCAGCUCUUAAACAUACAAAACAAAGAAGAAAAAAUACUGAUGCAACUCCAUACAUAAAUCAUCCUAUUGGAGUGGCAAAUAUUUUAAUUGAGGAAGGAAAUAUCUAUGAUCCAGUUGUGAUUCUUGCAGCAUUAUUGCAUGACACUGUUGAAGAUACAGAUACGACUUUUGAUGAAAUAGAACAAGAAUUUGGCAAAUAUGUACGUCAAAUUGUGGCUGAAGUGACAGAUGAUAAAAAUUUAUCCAAACAAGAGAGAAAAUUAUUGCAAAUUAAAAAUGCACCUAACAAUAGUCAUCAGGCAAAAUUAGUUAAAUUAGCUGAUAAAUUAUACAAUUUGCGAGAUUUAAAAAAAGAAACUCCAAUUGGUUGGACAUCAGAACGUGUCAAAGAAUAUUUUAAGUGGGCAAAAGAAGUGAUAAAUGGAUGUCGUGGAACAAAUGAGAAUUUAGAAAAUUUAUUGGAUGAUAUUUUUGCAGAGAUUUUUGUAAAAUCUAAAAGAACUUCUUACCUGUUACAAAAUAAUCAGCAGUUCCAGUUUUCAUCAUAUUGAGAGGAAUUGCUGCAAAGAUUCCUG